GAAUGCAUGCUCUCACUCUUUCCUUGAACGUUGUUUCCUCCUAAUUUCCACCUAGCUUGCGAGAAAAGUCCUCGACCUAGUCGAACUCUCCACUCCAGUCCUCUGCCACAGAACCAGUCACCAUGAUCAAGCAACCUCACUUCCUUCUGGUGACCUUACCUUUACAAGGCCACAUAAAUCCUUCCGUGCAAUUCGCCAAGCGUCUAACGCUUAUUGGUGCUCGUGUCACUCUUGCUACCGCUCUCUCUGCUCAACGCCGCAUGUCGAAAACUCUGUUCCCUGAUGGUUUGUCAUUUGUUACCUUUUCGGAUGGCUACGACGAUGGGCUCAAGCCUGAAGAUGACAGAGUGCAUUACAUGUCUGAGCUCAAACGUCGAGGCUCACAAACUCUCAAUGAACUCAUCGUAGAUAGUGCAAAAGAAGGAAAGCCCAUCACUUGUUUGGUUUAUACAGUACUUCUACCUUGGGCAGUGGAGGUGGCACGCGCACAGCAUCUCCCAGCAGCGUUUCUUUGGAUUCAGCCUGCUACUGUCUUUGACAUCUAUUUCUACUACUUCAAUUGUUAUGGUGAUAUUUUCAGUAAUUGCAAGGACACUUCUAAUGUUAUUGCAUUACCAGGGCUCCCACAAUUUGCUAGCCGUGACCUUCCCUCGUUUUUACUUCCUUCAAAUACUAGUACUGCGGCACUCCACUUGUUUCAAGAGCAACUGGAGCAGCUCGGCCAAGAAACCAACCCAAAAGUGCUUGUCAACUCUUUCGAUGCAUUGGAGUUGGGGGCUAUGAAUGCCACUGAAAAGUUCAGCUUGAUUGGAAUCGGGCCAUUGAUUCCAUCUGCUUUCUUGGAUGGAAAAGAUCCAUUGGAUAAAUCCUUCGGAGGGGAUCUUUUCCAAGGCUCCGAGGAUUACACUGAAUGGUUGAACUCGAAGCCUAAAUCAUCAGUGGUUUAUGUAUCUUUUGGAAGCAUUUUGGUGUUAUCAAACCGACAAAUGGAAGAGAUCUCUCGGGGGUUGGUACAGGGCGGUCUUCCAUUUCUGUGGGUUGUAAGGGAUGAACAGAAUAAGAAGAAAGAGAAAGAAGAAGAUGAUCAAUUGAGUGCCUGUAGAGAGGCAAUAUUGGAGAAACAAGGGAUGGUGGUGCCUUGGUGUUGUCAAGUGGAGGUCUUGUCUCAUCCUUCGAUUGGAUGUUUUGUGACACAUUGUGGGUGGAACUCAACUUUGGAGAGCUUAGUUUCGGGGGUUCCAGUUGUGGCAUUUCCACACUGGACGGAUCAAGGAACAAAUGCCAAGCUGAUUGAAGACGUGUGGAAGACAGGAGUGAGGGUGGUAGCUAAUGAAGAAGGGAUAGUUGAGGGUGAUGAGAUUAAGAGGAGCUUGGAUUUGGUCAUGGCAGAUGGAAAGACGGGAGAAGACUUCAGAAAGAACGCCAAGAAAUGGAAAGAUUUAGCCUUGGAUGCUGUCAAGGACGGUGGUUCCUCGGAUAAGAAUCUAAAGGCUUUUGUGGAUGAGGUUGGCAAGGGCUGCUUCUAGCUUGCCAAAGCCCUUCAGUUCCACGAUAUGCCAUAUUUGCUUGGUUGUUAUGAUGGACGGGUUCUUUCUAACUCUGCCCCGAUUAAGUAAAUGAUUAGGUGACUAAACCUUGAGAUACUGCGUGAAUUAGUUAAUUAAGAACAAAUUAAUGAUGUAGUAGGCAUGUCUUAAGUGAAAGUUCCCUCUUGAAUGAAACAAUUCAGUGAAAAUUGUCAGCUCA